UCGUCUCUGACUUGUUUGGCUGCGUGAGUACGAGUGUGAGCGAGUAGGAAGCGGAGCUCGUAGGAUUCCUGCUUUUGCUCGCAGUAUUCGUUUUCAUAUUUAAUUCCACCAUAACCAAGUAUAAAUUCUCACUUAUCACCCCUCUCUUCUCUCACCCAUCUCCUCCUUUCACUCCAUCAAUCAACGCAGUUUUUUAGUCUGAGGAUAGCAAAUCUUCCAAGCAUACCAUGGAUGAUUAUGAUAACUAUACGCAUGAUGGGACAGUGGAUAUGAAGAAAAAUCCUGCAAAUAAGAAAACAACAGGAAAUUGGAAGGCUUGCCGGUUCAUUCUUGGAAAUGAAUGUUGUGAAAGAUUGGCAUACUAUGGGAUGAGCACCAACCUUGUUAAUUAUCUCAUAACACGUCUGGGUCAGGGUAACGUUGCUGCAUCAAACAAUGUCACAAACUGGGGAGGAACCUGCUAUAUUACACCACUGUUUGGAGCAUUUCUAGCUGAUGCAUAUUUGGGAAGAUAUUGGACGAUCGCCAUUUUCGUGAUGAUCUAUGUCUCUGGGAUGACACUUCUAACACUGUCAGCUUCAGUCCCUGGACUAAAGCCCUCAUGCAGUGGGGAUGUUUGCAACCCAAAAGCAGGACAAACUGCUGCCUUCUUUGUAGCACUUUAUAUGAUCGCUCUUGGAACUGGGGGAAUCAAGCCAUGUGUUUCAUCCUUUGGAGCAGAUCAAUUUGACGAAACUGACGAGUAUGAGAAGAAAAAGAAGAGCUCGUUCUUUAAUUGGUUUUACUUUUCAAUCAAUGUCGGUGCACUAAUUGCUUCAAGUGUUCUGGUCUGGAUUCAAAUGAAUGUGGGCUGGGAGUGGGGUUUUGGUAUUCCAGCAGUUGCAAUGGCCAUUGCAGUUAUGUUUUUCUUCGCAGGUAGCCGCUAUUACCGACUUCAGCUGCCUGGAGGAAGUCCACUUACAAGAAUUUUUCAGGUAAUAGUGGCAUCUUUUAGGAAACUGAAUGUGGAAGUUCCUCGGGACAAAUCUCUUCUCUAUGAGACUCCAGAUGAAGAAAGCAACAUCAAAGGCAGUCGGAAGCUUGAGCAUACAGACAAGUUCAAAUUCUUUGACAAGGCUGCUGUGGAGACCCCGAAUGAUCAGCUCAAGAGUGUGGCAAACCCAUGGAGCCUCUGCACUGUAACACAAGUCGAGGAGCUCAAGUCUAUUAUUGGCUUGCUUCCAAUAUGGGCAUCUGGUAUAGUAUUUGCUACUGUCUACAGUCAAAUGAGCACCAUGUUUGUCUUACAAGGCAACACAAUGGACCAACACAUUGGCCCUCAUUUUGAGAUUCCAUCAGCAUCCCUCUCCCUCUUCGACACUGUCAGUGUUCUCUUCUGGGCUCCUAUAUAUGACCAAUUCAUUGUCCCAUUGGCAAGGAAGUUCACUGGCCAUGAUCGAGGUUUCACCCAGCUUCAGAGGAUGGGCAUUGGCCUUGUCAUCUCCAUAUUUGCCAUGGUUGUUGCUGGGAUUUUGGAGGUUGUCCGACUUCACUAUGUGAGAGAGCAUGGUUUCUUUGAUGUUAAGCAGAUUCCCAUGUCAAUUUUCUGGCAAGUACCGCAGUACUUUCUUAUUGGGUGUGCUGAAGUUUUUACUUUCAUUGGGCAGUUGGAGUUUUUCUACGAUCAGGCACCCGAUGCCAUGAGAAGUUUGUGCUCAGCUCUCUCACUUACGACUGUGGCCUUAGGCAACUACUUGAGCACCGUGCUUGUUACCAUUGUGACUAAAGUGACUACAAAAGGCGGAAAGCUUGGCUGGAUUCCAGAUAACUUGAACAGAGGCCACCUUGACUACUUCUACUGGUUAUUAGCAAUCCUCAGCCUGCUUAACUUCUUCGUUUAUCUUUGGAUCGCUAAGUGCUAUACUUACAAGAAGACUGCAGGAAGCACCCAUUGACAGAAGCAUCUGGUUUCUGAAUUUCAUUUUAAAUCUUCCCUCAUUUAGUAAGAUCAGUAUCUAUUUUGGAAACAAGGCUAUUUGUAGUUAUGAUUGAACUCAAAAUUUGUCAAUAUAAUUGCAGAAUUUUGUUUAUAUUGAGUGUCAA